AUGACUCGUGGAACAUCACUUUCCAAAGAUCUCCAGUUUCUUGUCAAUAAUUUAAAGUAUAGUGAUAUUGUAAUUACCUGUGCCGAAUCAGUAAAACUUCAUGGCUGUCGUGCUAUUCUUGCUGCUCGUUCGGAGGUUUUUGAUCGUUUAUUAUACAAUGGAAAGAAAGAUUCAGAAAUCAAAUUUGAGCAAAUUAAUUCUCAAGCGAUGAAAAUAAUUUUAGAAUUUAUAUAUACGGGAGAUUUUACCAAUGGGGAUUUAUCUUCAGAAAUUUUAAUUGAUGCAUAUUCCGCAGCUGUUUAUUUUCAAUUACUGAAUUUACAAGUUCAUAUUAUUGAUAAGUUGGAGGAAAUAUUAAGUAAUAAUUCCAAGGAGAAUGUUUCACCUCAUUUAUUAACCAAAGCAGUUGGAGGCGUAAUUCCAAACUCAGAUCAACCUCUCACUGAUCUAUUGGCAAAGUGUGUAACGAAAAUACCUCUGGAAACGAUUCCAUAUGGAAGUUUAUCAUCACCAGCUUUACAAUUUUUACUUAUGUAUUGUACAAAGAAGAAUAUAUCCCUGGCAAAAAAUCCAUAUUCCACAUUCAGAUAUGUUGUUUUACAUGCAGCAAAUCAAGUCGAACAGGAAAUCUCAGAUGAUGUAUUUAAGAAAACCGAAGCAUGUUUACCACCACUUAAUAAAAUUUUAGAAAAUGAACGUGUUGUUACAUCUAAAAAGAUUGUUGAUCCUGAAAAUAUUGAAGGCUUAUCACCAUUUCGAACAAAAUUAACCGAAAAAUUAUCCCCAAUGCUUAAUUAUGCAAAUAUUAAACUAAUUAGUGGUGGUAUAUUGGCGGAGAUUAUUGAACCAUUAAAUAUCGUACCAUUUAAAUUAAUUUUAGAAACGUACAGAUACAAAGUAAAACAAGAACCAAUAGUAAAAUUGGAAGAAGAAAAAGAAGUAAUAAAACAAAUAGAUUUUACUUGGGAUAUAAACGUUUGUGGUCCAAAUUUAGAUAUUUCUGAUGAUGGAUAUACAAUUGAAACCCCUAGCAAUCUAAGAUUUAAUGAACGAGUUCGAGCAUCCCAACCAAUUACAGGUACUGGAUUAUACGAAUGGGAUAUAAUAAUUGAAAAUCCUAGUUCAUCAGAUUGGGUAGGAAUAUGUGGUGAAGGUGAAGUAACAAAUUAUAAUUGUACAGAUUAUAAUUCAAAAGCUUGGAUAUUGGGUACAACUGGAAUGGUUAGUAAUAAUGGACAAUCAAUAAAUUAUGGAAGUCCAUCAUUUCAGCAAGGAACUAAGAUAAGAGUACACUUGGAUAUGGGAAAAAGAGAAAGAAGAGUAUCAUUUUCAAUAAAUGAUGUUAAGUAUCCGGAAGUGCUGCAUUGGAAAAAUAUACCAGCCAAAGUAUAUCCAUUGGUUUCGUUGAGAUAUCCUGGAAGACUUAAAAUUCAACAGAAAUCUGAUUAUGAAUCUGAAUAA